CCGCCCUUGUGAAAAGCUUACAGUACUCCUUUCAACUACAGGGACGCUGUUUGUAAAUGCAGCACAACACCGGAAGCAGAAAAAAUCUAUUACCGUUUCCUUGGCACGUUUGUUUUUAACAAUUGUAUAUAUUAUAUACAAUUAUUCAAAACCAAUAAUCCAUUUAUUCUAUUUAAAGGCAGGAUUAAAUUAAUAAUAUUUUAACAGCAGUGGACACAAAGUCUAGCGAUUGUCACCAGCUAAAGGUCAUCCAAUCAGGCGAGCGGAUACUAAGCAGUAAGCACUGCGGUGAUCCGGUUGGGACAUGACAAGUGCGGCCGGUUGGACCUCAACUCAACACAAGAUGGUGUUUUAGGCAUGCGGCGCCAUUAAAAAUCCCAACUAUUUCACCAUUGAGCCUCACCUACCGGAGGAGUGACAUAAAAGCCGAAGGCGGCAUGAACAGGAGCAGAAUGCUAAUGUUUGCUAUGUCCGCUGCUGAUGUUGUGAAUGGGGCUGGAUGAGCAGCGUGUCGUCUGGAUGCGCCUUCACCGCAGGCCGGACGAGUCUGUCGGCUGAGCCCGGAGCGACACAACACGCCGGUGGGGACCGCGAAGACCAAGCGGCACUGUGAAAAACAAACAAAAAAAAAGUAUUCGGCUACAAACAAGCCCUCUCUCCGAACCUGCCUCACAUUUCUGUAGAAGUGAGACACAACCGGCCUUCAAAGUGGAAACAAGAAGAAGAGCAAAGAUGAAUGCUGUGCGCGGGGGCAAAAUCACCUGGCGCCCCCAGCCAUGGCAGGACGGGGACAGAGGAGGAGACCCUCUGUCGGACAGCGACUCAGAAGAAGAAGACUUUCCUGAUGACAGCACCACUCCGUUGGGAGACUAUAUCACUCAUGGUUUGAAGCAGCUCCUGGAUGCUCAGCAGCUGUGCGACGUGACUCUACUUGUUGAGGGAAAGAAGUUCAUGUGUCACAGGGUGCUCCUAGCAGCGGUGAGCCCAUACUUUCGGGCCAUGUUCACCAGUCCUCUCGUGGAGUCUCGCCUCACCGAGAUCCGACUGGAAGAAGUGACGCCGUCUAUCAUGGAGACCGUCAUCCAGUUUGUGUACACCGGAGAGGCGGGGCUUUCUCUGGACACUGCUGAGGAUCUAUUUGUGGCCGCCAAUCGCCUUCAGGUCAUGCCCCUGCAGGACCUGUGCUCCAGAUUUCUGUUUGAGCAUCUCUCAGUGGACAACUGUCUGGGUAUGUACUCUCUUGCCCGGUCUCACCACGACCAGCUGCUUCUCCGUGCCUCCCUCAGGCUCGUGGCCCAGCACUUCCCUCGUGUGUCCCGCCAUAAGGACUUCCUCCUGCUCGAUCACGGCACCUUAGGCAGCCUCCUGAGUUCCGACCGCUUGGGCGUGGACUCUGAGGCGCAGGUGUACGACGCCGCACGCCGAUGGGCUGAGCACAAGCCCUUGGAUCGCUACGCCCACAUGCCGACGCUGCUUCACCACCUGCGUCCGGGCCUGCUGUCCAAGGACGAGAGUCGGCGACUGAGCAAGGAGUUGGGCCCCGCGGCGGCCGGCGAGGGUCUCGGGGGCCCUCUGCGUCCAAGGGAGGGGAUGUUUGAGAAGAAAAUAGUGUGCAUGGACCUGACGCCAAGAGACGAUGAGAAUUUAGUUGCACGAGACUUCACUGUGGACUGCUUUGAUCCGCGGACAGGGAAGUGGGAGAAGCUCGCGGCUUUGGACUCACUGGUAAGUCCUGGCUGCGCGGCUGUAGGCAACAGACUGUUUGUCGCUGGAGGCAUUCUGGGGACCGGCUCUGUGUCGGCUGCUGUCCAUGAGUACGAUGCUGUGUUGAACCGCUGGAUAGAGCGUCCUUCAAUGGGCCAACCUCGCUGUAUGUUGGGCCUACUGGGCUGUGGAGAGUUGCUCUUUGCUUUAGGCGGAAGCAAUCGUUCCGCACUUCUGGACUCCAGCGAGAUGCUGGAGCUGGCGACUCUUAAAUGGGCACCCGGUCCUCGGUUACCAGUCCCUCUGCGGGCUUUUGCCUGCGCAGCCCUGAGGAGACGACUCUACCUUUUAGGCGGAACCACGCUCGAACAAAACCGCGCCGUGGUCCACUCGGGUGUUCUUAUAUAUCACACCCUGACAGACUGCUGGACUCGUGUGGCUCUGGACUCGGGCGCUACAUGCCUUUCCGGAGGUGUGGCGGUCCGAGGAGGAAUCUGUGCCAUCGGGGGCUACAUGAGGGACACCAGCAAGUUCCUGGAUGGAAACUACACCAAUUUGGAUGCUUUAGACGCUACCGGACGCGUGCUGUUUUUCCGGGAGGGAAGGGCGUUCGGCGUGGAGCGGGAGGUGACCCACGGAGGGGUGGCGGUCUCUGCAGAACAGCGGGGCGGAGCAGGCGGGGGCAGCGACAGAGCCCCCAGCCCCGUGGUUUUCCCAGGGCUGCCGCGGCGGAUCGCGGCCGGCGGUGUGGCCCGGUGGAGACGGAGGAUUUAUGUUCUGGGCGGGGAAAACGGCUCCCGGUUCUACGACAGCGUGUACUGUUGGAAACCCGGCUGGCGCAGCUGGGUGCAGAGACGCGAGAAGCUCCCCGGAGACACGGGCGGGGUCAGUCGCUUUGGGUGCACCACGCUUAAGUUCCCGAAGAAACACAUCUUGUACAGACUGAGACGAGCCAAAGAAAGCCGCGUUGUGGACAAGUAAGAAGUUGAGCAGCCGAGAUGCGCUCGGGGUGUCAACGCUACAUGCGAGAAUGAUUCAAAUGGGUCCAGAUAGAGGGUCUCGAUUAGGUUUUUACCCAAACUGAAUGUCCUCUUAUCAUGAAGCCAUUGGAUAGAAGCUUUUCUAGAGGUGACAGAAAGCUUCAACCUGCUGGAUAAUUCUGUUGCAAGAAAAUGUACUUGAAUUCGCCUUUUGGAAACUUGAAUAGCCCGUUGCAAAGUACAAACCCUGUUUCCAUAUGAGUUGGGAAAUUGUGUUAGAUGUAAAUAUAAACGGAAUACAAUGAUUUGCAAAUCAUAUUCAACCCAUAUCCAGUUGAAUAUGCUACAAAGACAUUUGAUGUUCAAACUGAUAAACAUUUUUUUUGUGCAAAUAAUCAUUAACUUUAGAAUUUGAUGCCAGCAACACGUGACAAAGAAGUUGGGAAAGGUGGCAAUAAAUACUGAUAAAGUUGAGGAAUACUCAUCAAACACUUAUUUGGAACAUCCCACAGGUAUGCAGGCUAAUUGGGAACAGGUGGGUGCCAUGAUUGGGUAUAAAAACAGCUUCCCAAAAUAUGCUCAGUCUUUCACAAGAAAAGAUGGGGCGAGGUACACCCCUUUGUCCACAACUGCGUGAGCAAAUAGUCAAACAGUUUGAGAACAACGUUUCUCAAAGUGCAAUUGCAAGAAAUUUAGGGAUUUCAACAUCUACGGUCCAUAAUAUCAUCAAAAGGUUCAGAAAAUCUGGAGAAAUCACUCCACGUAAGCGGCAUGGCCGGAAACCAACAUUGAAUGACCGUGACCUUCGAUCCCUCAGACGGCACUGUAUCAAAAACCGACAUCAAUCUCUAAAGGAUAUCACCACAUGGGCUCAGGAACACUUCAGAAACCACUCACUAAAUACAGUUCGUCGCUACAUCUGUAAGUGCAAGUUAAAGCUCUACUAUGCAAAGCGAAAGCCAUUUAUCAACAACACCCAGAAACGCCGCUGGCUUCUCUGGGCCUGAGAUCAUCUAAAAUGGACUCAUGCAAAGUGGAAAAGUGUUCUGUGGUCUGACGAGUCCACAUUUCAAAUUGCUUUUGGAAAUAUUCGACAUCGUGUCAUCCGGACCAAAGGGGAAGCGAACCAUCCAGACUGUUAUCGACGCAAAGUUCAAAAGCCAGCAUCUGUGAUGGUAUGGGGGUGCAUUAGUGCCCAAGACAUGGGUAACUUACACAUCUGUGAAGGUACCAUUAAUGCUGAAAGGUACAUGCAGGUUUUGGAGCAACAUGUGCUGCCAUCUAAGCACUGUCUUUUUCAUAGACACCCUUGCUUAUUUCAGCAAGACAAUGCCAAGCCACAUUCAGCACGUGUUGCAACAGCGUGACUUAGUAAAAAAAGAGUGCGGGUACUUUCCUGGCCCGCCUGCAGUCCAGACCUGUCUCCCAUCGAAAAUGUGUGGUGCAUUAUGAAGCGUAAAAUACGACAGCGGAGACCCCGGACUGUUGAACGACUGAAGCUCUACAUAAAACAAGAAUGGGAAAGAAUUCCACUUUCAAAGCCUCAACAAUUAGUUUCCUCAGUUCCCAAUUGUUUAUUGAGUGUUGUUAAAAAAAAAAUUAAGUUUAGGAGUUAGAACAUCAAAUAUCUUGUCUUUGUAGUGCAUUCAACUGAAUGUGGUUUGAAAAGGAUUUGCAAAUCAUUGUAUUCCGUUUAUAUUUACAUCUAACACAAUUUCCCAACUCAUAUGGAAACGGGGUUUGUAGUACUGUGUACUAGUACAUAUCGUACAAGUAUGAAUUCAAAUUUUAGCUUUUUUCCGUCUUAUUUAUACUGUUCAUCUUACAACAAGGGCUUCAAAGUAUUAAUGGAGUUAAUUCCAAACUGUCCCCACUGUUGAUAGUCCCAACACUUCAGUGUGGCUGGAGUGAAUGAUGUGAAGUAUUUCCUUUUUAAUGUCAUUUGUUAUUGAUUUGUUUUUUCUGAGAGACUAAACUUACUUAAAUAAUUAAAAAAAAAAAAAGAACGGCAUCCAGGUGUGACGAUGUUAUCGCCCCUAAAUAAGCAGUUAGCCCCAAAAUACAUAAUUUGAUUCAAACCCCAAUGGUUCUGAAACUUUUUUCGCCAAGUACUCUGUACCACCAUAAUGAUCAACAUUAAAAUACAGUAGCACAGUAGGCCUAAGUAUUCAUUAAAAACAAGGCAAAGGUUUUGUUUAACAAGUGAAUGCAAUAUUUUUGGCCACUGUAACAUUACACACAAUGUGAAGUAUUUCCUCUUUAAUGUCAUUUGUUAAUGAUUUGUUUUUUCUGAGAGGCUAAACUUAAAUAAAAAAAUAACGGCAUCCCACUAUGACGAUGUUAUCCCCCCUAAAUAAGCAGUUAGCCCCAAAAUACAUAGUUAUUUGGUUCAAAACCCAGUGGUUCUCAAACUUUUUUCACCAAGUACCCCCUCAGAAAAUACUUGGCGUUCCAAGUCCCACCAUAAUGACCAACAUUAAUAUACAGUAGCGUAGUAGGCCUAAGUAUUCAUUAAAAACAAGGCAAAAGGUUUUGUUUAACAAGUGUAUGCAAUAUGUUUGGCCACUAACAUUACACACAAUGCACAAACAACAACAGUUAUAAUCCAUAUGCAGUACAUAUUUACAGACUAAUUUGGCGUACCACAGUUUGAGAAUCACUGAAUAGACUCAUCACAUUAGCUGGCUUACUUUAAAGCAGUCCUGCCUCGGCAUUACCUAAAUAGAACCUUCCUAGUCAAACUACUGUUAUUAUUAACGGUUAUUAUUUCAGAUGCGUGUUUACAUAGCACCUAGAGGCAUAAUGUGCAUGUUUUUUGGCUGAUUCUGACUUGAGACAUGUGAAUGUAUACAAGAUGCAAGAUAUUCAAACAUAACAAUUGCACCUUUUUCUUUUUUUGGAAGGCUUUUGUCGUUUUUGCUACACGGGCCAUAAAUCCAGUCUAGACAACAAAGACGGUGACGCCAACUGAUAGGUCUGAUUGUUGCUGAAAAUUACACAUCAAAGUGGCAAAAGACUAUUAAAAUAAAGGGAUUAUUUUUGACAAAAUGCAUCCAUUUUUAAUUAUGCUGAGUGGAAUGCAUUACUAGGACCUUAAUGAGUUUGCAUGUUUUCGCAUGGGUUUAUUUUGGUUAGGGGUGUGCCGAUGGAUCAACCAGUAUCGGACGAUUUUCGUCAAAAAAGUAUGUGAUCGCCAUUGCCGAUGAAUGCCUUUUAAUGCUGAUCCCAAACACUUUCUCUAUUUAUUUUUAGCAGCUAAUUAUGUAUCUCCAUACACAGUGGGGAAGUUAAUAGUAAUCACCUCCAUUAAGGCAAAAAAUUCUUUGUAUCUUAAGACUCAUUCUUCAGUGAUAAUGAUACAUAACAUAUUACACACAGAAGAAGGGAAUACGGAACUAGAUAAUAUUGUGUUGUUAUUGUUAAACUUAUAGCACUCACUAUAAAAAAAUGUUUAAAAAAUUGCAAAAUGUAAUAGAAUAGAAAGUACUUUAUUGAUCCCUGGGGAAAAUUCAGCAAUACAUGUGAUUGGUAUCAGUAUUGGCAUCGACCGAUCUCACUCAUGGGUAAUGGGCAGCAUAAACCCCUGAUCAGAACAUCCCCUAUUAUGAUUUUCCUAAUUCAGGCAUUUUAAAUGAGUUGGAGACAAAUUCCUCCAAAAACGCAGAUCCGUGGCAGUCGCUGUUUUACAUGAAGAAGCACAUGUAAAAUGUCAUUUCAUUUCAUGAAUGUUUUGUUUUCUUAGCCGAUUCCUGCUCCAUCACUGAUUCUAAAACCGGUAUAAUGACAUGCAAUCACAUUGACUCCCAUAGCCAGGGCAGACCUAACCAAAUGGGAAGCCCUGGGGCAUGAGGGGGUUUUGAAUGCCCCCUCAACCCCAAACCUCAACAUCCGCCCCGCCCCUCCAGCCCAGAAACACAGUUUGGAAAAAAAACAAAACAUGAUUUCACUCAACAGAACAUGAACAAUGCCAAAUAUCACCCAUUUUACAAAUAAUUGUGUUCAUGAAUACGUCUCCUUUGCGACGGGCGCCAGUCAAUUUCAAAUUGGCGAUAUAGGAGACUGCCUGUGUUUUAGCUCAAUAGUAGUAGGCUGCUCUUUCACACUGGCGAUGUGGGUUCCAGCCCCGCUCGGAGCAUUAGGAAAAAACAACGCAGCCGAGAGACAGAGAGAGAACACAAUCGCUAAACGAGGCUGGGCUGUUAAUGAUUGACAUCUAUGAACACCAAUC